AUGGCACCCAUGUACUGCCUUCUACUCACCAUCACCGGCGUUCUCGCACAAUACACCAACCUCCCAGACGUCGCUCCAGGCGUGUUCAACGUCAGUGCGCGCAUCGAAAUCGAGCACACCAAUAUCAGCGCCGCCUGGGACGUCCUCACAAACUUCCCCGAUUAUCCCAGAUGGAACCCAUUCGUCCGCUCCUCCAUUGCCGUGGAUGCCGCCAAUAUCUCACUUCCCACUCAGCGCCCCAUCGAAAACACGCAGCUCAUUUUGCGCGUUCAGAUCCCAGCGCUUCCCCUUCCAGUCAAUGAGUACACACCUGAUAACCCGCUUGCUACGCAGUUCUCUUAUGAGAAUGUCACGCAUGUGCAGCCGGAGCUGGGUCGUCUUGCCUGGGAAGCCUACCCGAACCCGCUUAUCACAGCGGAACGGUGGCAGGCGUUGAGCGUAAAUAAGAAGAACGGACGCGUGCUCUACGAGAGUCGCGAGGUGUUCAGUGGCCCAUCGGCGGUAUUGACACAGCAGUUGUUGGGGGAGAAGCUGCAGAAGUCAUUCAAUGCGCAGGCUCAGGGUUUGAAGACGUGGUUGGAGGGAGACCAUCAGCCUUGA